CUGCAUCUUUCGACGAAAAUCUGGAAUACUGCAGAAAGAAUCCAGAAACAUGCUCCUACAGCUUGCAGCCCUUUUAACUUUAGGGGCAUGGGCUCUGGCAGAUGUGCCUGAGCUGGGAGAUGUUUGCAGAGAGGGAAGCUGUUAUCCUGCCACAGGAGAUCUUCUCAUUGGAAGAGCGCAACAACUCUUGGCCACCUCCACAUGCGGACUCCAGAAACCUGAGCCCUUUUGUAUCGUCAGUCAUUUGCAGGAAGAGAAGAAGUGCUUUGUGUGUGAUUCCAGGGAGACCUACGAUGAGAGCAUGCACCACAUAACCAGUCACAGAAUUGAAAAUGUUGUGACUACAUUUGCCCCGAACCGCCUCAAGACUUGGUGGCAAUCAGAAAAUGGCCUGGAGAACGUCACAAUCCAGUUGAACCUGGAGGCUGAGUUCCACUUCACCCACCUCAUCAUGACCUUUAAAACGUUCAGACCUGCUGCUAUGGUGAUCGAACGUUCUGCAGACUUCGGGAAGACUUGGCAAGUGUAUCGUUACUUCGCCUAUGACUGCGAGACCUCCUUCCCCUUCGUCUCUCAAGGACCCAUGACCAAAGUGGAUGAUGUUAUCUGUGAUUCUCGCUACUCUGACAUUGAACCCUCAACAGAAGGCGAGGUCAUCUUUAGGGUUUUGGAUCCAGCCUUCAGGAUUGAUGAUCCUUACAGCCCCAGAAUCCAAAACAUGUUAAAGAUCACUAAUCUGAGGGUGAAGUUCACUAAGCUGCACACUCUCGGGGACAAUCUUCUGGACUCACGUAUAGAGAUCAAGGAGAAGUACUACUACUCAAUCUACGACAUGGUGGUCAGAGGAAACUGUUUUUGCUAUGGUCACGCAUCUGAAUGCGCCCCCAUCGAUGGAGCUGGAGAGGUUGUGGACGGCAUGGUCCAUGGCCAUUGUAUGUGUAAUCAUAACACCAUGGGUCUGAACUGUGAGCGCUGUCAGGACUUCUACCAUGACCUGCCCUGGAGGCCCGCAGAGGGACGCAACACCAACGCCUGUAAAAAGUGUAACUGCAAUCAUCACUCUGAUUCCUGUCAUUUCGACAUGGCCGUGUAUCAGGCGUCAGGUAAUGUGAGCGGCGGUGUGUGCGACGACUGCAAGCACAACACCAUGGGUCACAAGUGCGAACAUUGCAAGCCGUUCUUCUACCAACAUCCGGAGAAAGACAUCCGCGACCCCAGCAUCUGCGAACCCUGUAACUGUGAUCCGGUCGGCUCUCUCAGCGGUGGAGUGUGUGAUUCUCUCACAGAUGUGUCUCUUGGGCUGAUCGCGGGUCAGUGUCGCUGUAAGCCUAAUGUGGAGGGUGAACGCUGUGACCAGUGCAAACAGGGCCAUUACGGACUCAAUGACGACCCUCUGGGAUGCCAGACAUGCACAUGCAAUGCUUUGGGGACGGUUCCAGGUGGAAGCCCGUGUGAUACAGACUCAGGAAACUGCUACUGUAAACGUCUGGUUACCGGAAGGAAUUGUGACCAGUGUCUGCCUCAGCACUGGGGUCUCAGUAAUGACAUGGAUGGCUGCAGACCAUGUGACUGUGAUCAUUGUGGCGCAGUCAACAACAAUUGCUCUCCUGAAACGGGUCAGUGUGAGUGUCGUGAGCACAUGUUUGGCAGGCGCUGCGACCAAGUAGAAUCUGGUUUUUACUUCAUUGCUCUGGACCACUACGCUUAUGAAGCAGAGGACGCCAAGUUUGGAGCUGUAAGUGUCCUCAUUAUUCCCAUUGUCAAAGUCCUUGAGUAUCUGAAUGAUAUAUCUGGUGCCUAUCUUGAGUUCAGCAUCGACAACAUCCCCUACUCUAUGGAGUAUGACAUUAUCAUCCGAUAUGAACCUCAGCUGCCAGAGCAGUGGGAGGAAGUGCUGAUGACUGUCAUCAGGCCUCGCGUCAUCACUGCCGACAGCCGCUGUGCAAACAUAAUGCCCGACGAUGACAACCAGGUGGUGUCUCUGCAUCCCGGAUCCAGGUAUGUGGUGCUGUCUAGGCCUGUGUGUUUUGAAGAGGGCUUGAACUACACCGUGCGCUUGAGUCUGUCUCGCUACUCGGCUCUCAGCGAUGUGCAGUCGCCGUACACGCUCAUCGACUCGAUCGUCCUCAUGCCACACUGCAAAAACCUGGAUAUUUUCUCUGGCUCUGGCUCAGAGGGUGGGGACUUGGUGACCAGCAGCGCCUGGGAAACCUUCCAGCGCUACCGCUGUUUGGAGAACAGCCAAGCAGUGGUGAAAACCCCCAUGACUGAUAUCUGCAGGAAUUACAUCUUCAGUGUGUCGGCUCUUCUGCACCAGGGAGUUAAAGCCUGUCAGUGUGACCCGCAGGGGUCUCUCAGCACGGUUUGUGACCCAAGCGGUGGCCAGUGCCAGUGUCGUCCCAAUGUGGUUGGCAGGAACUGCGACAAAUGCGCCCCAGCAACCUUCCUUUUUGGUCCACAAGGCUGCAGGCCAUGUGAUUGCAGUCCUGAGGGGUCUGUCCACUCUUUCUGCCACGAGGCCAGCGGUCAGUGUGAGUGUAUUCCUGGAGUGUAUGGGCGGCAGUGCGACCGCUGUCUGCCUGGACACUGGGGUUUCCCUAACUGUCGCCCCUGCACUUGCAAUGGCCAUGCUGAGCAGUGCGACCCACAUACGGGACAGUGUCUGUCCUGCAGGGACCACACCAGUGGACAAAACUGCGAGAAGUGUUUCAAUGGCUACUAUGGUGACCCUGUCCUGGGCUCUGGAGACCACUGCCGCCCCUGCAUGUGUCCGGACGGUCCCGGCAGCGGCAGACAGUACUCCGGCACGUGUUAUAAGAGCUUUGACUCUAACCAGGUGUUCUGCGUCUGCAACCAGGGAUAUAAAGGUGCCAGGUGUGAAGAAUGCGCUCCUGGUUAUUACGGAAACCCACACGAGGUGGGCGGAGAAUGCCGGCCCUGUCAGUGCAACAACAACAUCGACAUGACAGACCCGGAGUCCUGUGACGCCCGAACGGGCGCUUGUCUCAAAUGCCUGUACCACACCGAGGGCGAGGGCUGCAACCGCUGCAAGCUCGGUUAUUACGGCAAUGCACUGACACAGAGCUGCAGGAAGUGUGUGUGUAAUCAUAUGGGCACUGUUAAGGAGACAUGUCCCUCUCCGGGUAACUGUAACUGUGACUUAAACAGUGGCCAGUGUCAGUGUCUUCCCAAUGUGGUGGGCCUGCACUGUGAUCAGUGCGCACCGGACACGUGGAAUAUGGGCAGCGGGAAAGGCUGUGAGGCCUGUGACUGCGACCUCAGCCAUUCAUUCAGCUCAUCCUGCAAUGAGGUUAUGGGCCAGUGCUCUUGUAAACCUGGGUUUGGCGGCAGAACCUGCCGAGAGUGUAGAGAGCUGUUCUGGGGAAACCCUGAGGUCAAAUGCCAUGCAUGUGAUUGUGACCCAAGAGGCAUCGCAGAGCAGCAGUGCAACAAGGCCACAGGUCACUGUGUUUGUGUGGAGGGCGUUUCCGGGCCCCGAUGUGACACGUGCGCUCGAGGCUACACAGGCGAGUUCCCACAUUGCGAGCGCUGCCACCAGUGCUUUGCCGAAUGGGAUGUAAUUGUGCAUGACCUCACCAACCAGACCCACAGACUGGUCCAGAAGGUCAAUACCAUCAAAGCCACUGGCAUAACAGGACCGUACCAGGCCACCAUCAAUAACGUCGAAAACAGCGCCAACUCAAUCCGCAACAUCUUGGCUCAGAAUCCAGCCACUCAGCCUCUGACAGAGAUCCAGGGACUUCUCGAACAAGCUAGGUAAGUUAUUAAAAACCAAACACAAACCCUAACCUAACAGACCAUACCCUAUACCACAUCCCACAACAAAACAACAAACACAAAAACCAAACUGAAAUCCCUCAAAGAAGAAGCUCAGAAGCUGGAACAGAUGGUGAAAGACCUUCAGGAACAGGUGGAGUUUGUGAAGAAUUCAGACAUUCGAGGGGCCAGAGCCAGCAUGACUCGAUACUAUGAGCAGUCCCAGAUGGCAGAGAUCCGUGCGAAUGCCUCCACCAUUGACCCAGGCAACCUGGUCAAUCAAUCUGCCACCCUGCGGACAGAAACGGAGGACUUGAUGCCAGACCAAAGAAGGAGUUUCAUUCAAAGGCAGGAUGAGUUUUCGAAGAAACUGGACAACCUCGCUGGACAGCUGGAGACUCUGGACCUUUCUGAGCUUAGCGAGAAGACAUGUGGCAGUCCAGCUGGCUCAGAGAACUGUGCUGACUCCCCCUGCGGAGGCCUGAGCUGUGUGGAUGGGGAAGGAAACAGGAAGUGUGGAGGAGAGGGAUGUGAUGGCCUCACUACGCUGGCCCACAAUGCCUGGCAGAGAGCCAAGGACUUCGACCUGGAGAUUAUCAGCGCUAGGGAGGAAGUGGACAAGCUCUCCAAAAUGGUGUCAGAGGCAAAGGUAAAAGCAGAUGAAGCAAAGCUUAAUGCUCAAGUAGUGCUGGCAAAGACUAAUGAGACCAAAAAACGAGUGGACGGCAGCAACGAGGAGCUACGCCAGCUCAUCAAACAGAUCCGAGACUUCCUCACUCAAGAUGGAGCGGACCUGGAAAGCAUCGAGGCUGUGGCCAAUGAAGUUCUGCAGAUGCAGAUGCCCACCACACCAGCCCAGCUGCAGAACCUGACCGCAGAGAUCAGGGAGCGCGUGGGCAGCUUGACGGACGUCGAGGACAUCCUCAACCAGAGCGCCGCUGACAUACUGAGAGCAGAAAGCCUGCUGGAACAAGCCCGCAAGGCCAGGAAGGAGGCGACCGAUAUGAAAGACACAGUUGAGAUGGUGAAGGAGGCCUUGCAGCAAGCUGAGCGCGCCCAGAGUUCAGUAACCGAGGCACUGAAACAGGCCACUACUGACAUCAAGGGAACGCAAGACUUGCUGGUCUCGGUGGAGUCAGAGACGUCCAACUCAGAACUUAAAGUGAGUAACGCCACCCGCAGGCUCCUGAAGUUGGAAAGCGAUGUAGCUCUGCUGAAAGAAAAGGCUCUCAACACCUCCACCAGUGCCAACAGCACAGAGAAAGAGGCUGAUAACAUCAAUGCACUGGCUGACCAGCUCAAAAAGGAUUUGGAUUCAGAGCUGAAAGACAAGUACAGCACUGUUGAGGAGCUGAUCACACAGAAGGCUGAAGGAGUGGCAGAGGCCAAGAAAAGAGCAGAGAAACUCCAACAGGAAGCCAAAAAUCUACUGCUACAAGCCAGCGACAAACUUCAGCUUCUGAAAAAUCUUGAGAAGGGCUAUGAUGAAAAUCAGAAGCUGCUGGAGGACAAGGCAAAUGAGCUGGUGGAUCUAGAGAAGGCUGUGAAAGAACUGCUUCAAGAGAUCAGUCACAAAGUCACCGUCUACAGCACCUGUCUGUUUUAACACUAAUACAGACUGCAUUAGGAAAAUAUAUGAAAUUACCUUCUAUGUCCAAUCCCUGAGAAGGUUCUGAGUUUAACAUCUGUUACAGCUACAGUUUUACCCAUAUGUUUAUAUUUGGUCACUGUAUGGAAGGGUGUUACACACUUUUAGGACCACAAGAGAAUGUAAUUUGGAUUUUAAAACAUAGCAGACCAAAGAGUGAAUGUAAGAUAUGCCCACCAUAACUAGAAGACCACAAUUACAGUCA